AUGAAACUUUAUAUACUUGUUCUUUUUGUUGCGCUUAGCUACUACUGCUGUAGUUUUGGAAAGUCAGAACAGGAGAAAUUUGAACUCGGAAAAAAUAAUGGGAUAAGGGAUAUAGUCUUUAAUGAGGUAAAUGAAAAAGAAAAUUUAACAAAGAACAUUUUAGUAGAUAAGGAUAUUAAUAACGACGAUGAUAAAAAAAUACUAGACCAAAUGAAGAAUGGAAAUCCUAUUUCUUUUGACAUAAGUGGAGGGAUAGAAAUAUCUGGAGAUAAUGAAAAAGGAGAAGAGGCACUGUUGGGAUCUGGGGAUGCGAGGAAUAAGGAGAAAAAUGAAGUGGAAAAUGAAGGAGAAAAUGAAGAGAAAAAUAAAGGGAAAAAUGAAGGAGAAAAUGAAGAGAAAAAUAAAGGGAAAAAUGAAGGAGAAAAUGAAGAGAAAAAUAAAGGGAAAAAUGAAGGAGAAAAUGAAGAGAAAAAUAAAGGGAAAAAUGAAGGAGAAAAUGAAGAGAAAAAUAAAGGGAAAAAUGAAAGGAAAAAUGAGGUAUAUGGAAAAGGGAUAAAUAACCCAAGCUUCGGAGAAAAAGAAGAGGGAAACAUAGCAAAUGACGAAGAAAAGAUAACUACAGAAAAAGGGUCAAACCUGAUGAAAAGUAUUGAUGUUCCUAAAAAUUAUGAAAAAACUUUUGAGGAGCUAUUAAACAUGGGAGAUGAAGAUUUAUCUGAAAACAUGGAAAAACCAGAGGGUAAAAAUAUGAUGAGCAUUUCAGGAAAUGAAAAACCAAAACAAGACGCGAAUAACAUAGAUCUAAAAGUAAAUAACGAUAUGGUAAUACCCACAAAAGAACAACAACAAGAAGAAAAUCAUUCAAGGAUUAAGGGAUAUGUAAGAACAUUGUUAAAUGAAGAAAAAAUAAAUUUAAAAUUAAAUAUAAAUAAAUUUUUUAAGAAAAUAUUUAACUUAAUAGUAAGGGAAAAAAUAAUGAGUACUCUGUGUAGUAGACAAGAGGAAGUACCAAAGGAGGUAAAAUUGGAAGAAGUCAAAACAUCAGCUACUAGAAAUGAUUUGUUAAAUCUUCCCAGCGAGCAGAAUAUGCAAAAUGAAAAUGAUGAGGGAAACACCCAGAAGAGUACAAACAACGAAGGAGUAGUAAGUGAAUUAAAAAGUUAUUCUAAGAACAAACCAGCAAAGUGUCCUUUGUCAAAAUUAAGCAAGAGACAAUUUUAUAAAACAGAAGACAUAUAUAGUUAUUAUACUUCUUUAGAAGAAAUGUUAAAGAAUAGAAAAAUUCGUAUAAAAACUGAUAGUGCAUCAAAACAUUUCACUUUUCAUCCAAUUGAAAAAGCAAAAGAAGAUUUUGAAAGGAUGGUAAAUAAUAAUAUUUUUAUAGAAGCGGUUAGAACAAUAUUAUUCGACUCUUAUAAUAAGAAAGAAAAGUAUGUCUAUUCAAGUUUUGCAAUUGUUAUUGACACUUUAUUUUCUUUAAUUAAAGAAGAAAAAGUUGUAACAGAUAUGUACAAAUUUGUCCGAUUAUUUUUAAAAGAUCUAAAUAUGUUAAACUGGAAGAUUUUAGACUUUUUAAAAAAAACAUCAUUUAAUGGUGUAAAAUUGCACCAUAUCCCUAAUUUGAGUAAAACAGAUUUUGAGUUCAUUUUAGCGAAAAUUUACUCUCGUUCUGUUUUGGGUAAUAUUUUAAGUAAUAACUCUAACUCCUCAUAUAUGAGCAAAAUAUCAAAAACUUUGAAGAAUAAUAGUGAACGCUUUUUAAAGUUCAGCUUUCUUGAAAAUUCUGAAUAUAAAGAUAAAAUUAUCUCAAACGAAGGUAGUAGACUAAAAGAUUCUCUUUCAUUUGAUGAUGAAUCUUUAUGUAAAUAUAUCCCAAUAAAAAAGAAAAUAUUAUACGAAAGGCUCAAAAAUACGAGAAAAAUUGCAGAAGAAGCAAUACUGGAUUAUUUAUUUCGUUUACUAAUUAGAAAAGUGCACGAAUUUGUGGUAGAAUAA